GAAUGGGAGGAUCUGUUACAUGAAACGCUUUUGUGAAGGUGUGACACAGAAAGGGGUUUACCUUGGUUACGCCGUGGUACCGCUGCUGUAACGUACACUGACUGUAUUACAUGACAUUUCAACGCACCAAUCAGUCGCGCAGGAGCUGAUUGAGUCUACUUCCCUACACUGGAAUAGCUGAGGGGAAACGGACGGACGGAGAUCUCGCACGGAUAUCUCAUCAUCAACCGAGUGUGCACGCUCAGAUCGCCUGUGAGAGACCUCCGGGACACAACGGCGACAUCGACUUCUCUUCCGACCCGGUCUCAGCGUCUGCUGCAGGGAGAUGGCCGGUAUCUUGGCGUGGUUUUGGAACGAGAGGUUCUGGCUGCCUCAUAAUGUAACCUGGGCUGACUUAAAAAACACAGAUGAGGCUACGUUCCCGCAAGCCGAGGAUCUGUAUCUGGCGUGUCCUUUAGCAUUCUGCAUCUUUAUGAUCCGGCUGGUUUUCGAAAGGUGGGUUUAAAGCGCACGCUAUGAUCCAGGUGGCUGUGAUCGGGGUUUAAUGUCGAUGAAGUAGUGUGUCUGUGAGUGAUGCAGCACGCCGCGCUGUCCAUGUUCGUCAGCCUGUUACCUAAACAAUGGCAUCUUAUCGGGUUAGCCCACAAAUCACCGGGGUUGAUCAUCCUUCUUUCUGCAGGCCUGCAGCAUUGCCCUCUGUCUGCAUCUGAUGCAUCUGUCAGUGCUCUCACAGUGCAGACAAGUUGCCAUACCUGCUGACAUCCAGCUACACUUAGUUUUUUUAGAUCAAACCUGUAUUUUUGCACAAAUACAAUGGUCUUUGACUUAUGCACUUUAUUGUCUCUAGCUAUCACGUGGAUGCUAAAAUUUGCUGUGUUGACUUUGCUGUUUGAGAAAGCAUUAUCAGUGAGGCAGGAGAUCAUCAUGGUCUGUAUUGCCUAUUGUGCACAUGUGUGUCAGGAGUCUCUUUAAGGAGAAGUGAGUGGGGCGUUAAAUUUUCUCACUAAACCCCUUACUAAAGGGCUGUGUUAACACAAAAUGAUAAAUGAUGGUUAUGAUAAUGAAUAAUAAAGUGAAUAGGAGAUAGGAAAUUAACAGCUCUGUGUUAAAUAAUUAAAAACUGCAUCAAUCCCAGGUUGUUUACUUACAUAUCAGAGCAUAUUUUCCAUGUUGAAUUAUAGAUUUUAAAUGAUUUGCCCUAUGAUGUUAGGAUCUGCAUGUAUGCCACAUGACUAAUACAGUGAUUAAGAAUAUAAAAAUAGACAAAAAUAUUUACAUCGCUGCACCUUUUUUUGAGUAAAUGCCUAAGUGUGAUUAAUGUAACACUUUAUCUGCAAGUAUGAAGAUGCAUAUGCUUCUUUUACUGAUGGAUGGUUUAAGAUUAACCUUUUUCUUUUGGUUACUAUUGAAUAAAAUGUCUUUAUAUUUGCCUCAAAGUGUGUUAUAAUAUUUUGAUUGUAGGUUUAUUGCCAGACCAUGUGCCAUAGGCCUGAAGAUCCAAGCCAAUGGGCCUCAGAAAGCUCAGCCAAACGCCAUUCUGGAGAAGGUUUUCACCGCUAUUACCAAGGUGCCGCAUGCUUUCUCUUUAUUGUGUUUUAGCAUUGUGUUUCGUCCCAUGAUAUUUCUGACACAAAGAAAGCCGGAUCAAAUAAUUAAAGAGUGUCUAUUUUGUCUCGCCAGCACCCAGAUGAGAAGAGGUUGGAGGGCCUGUCCAAGCAGUUGGACUGGGACGUGCGGACCAUCCAGCGCUGGUUCAGACAACGCCGCAACCAGGAGAAGCCGAGCACUCUUGCCCGAUUCUGUGAAAGCAUGUAAGGCGAAUCUCUUAAAACACCACACCAUAUGGCACACCUAGAUCUGCCGCCAGUCAUUUCUUUGCUUCUAAAAACAUUAAAGUUAUUAUACUAUUGGCAUCACAGCUGUCGGCAAUGCUGAUUUGCAUAGGCUUCACUGCAUCACCACUCAUCAAUUACACCCCUGUGACUGCGGUAAGAGCAGGUGUGAUGUUCACAGCGAUUGAAUACUUAAUCAGACCAAGUUUCGUGUUUCUGUAACAUCAUUUACAUAUAGUAUGCAAAGCUCCUGCCACUUUUGAAAGGCACAAAAUCACAAAGAGGUGUUUCAAUGAUAGGUUCAUGGUGGCAGUAAUGUGAAAGGUGAUAUUUAGGGCUUAAUUUGUAGCUGUGAAUGUGGGGUACAUUAAGGUUUUAGGUGCUCAAUCAGUUGGAUCAAGAAAUGUGUAAAAAUGAUGAAAAUGUGCAGAUAAUACCCCAGUGCCAGGACUGAUGCUUAAGAAGAUACUUUCAUGAAUAUUCUACGGACAUAAUUCCCAAAGCUGAUAUUAAAAUUUACAUGACAAUAUGCCGCAAUAAGAUUUUUACAGUGAAUUUAAAAUUGGUUCCAAUGGACAGGUCCCAAACUAAGUAUUGUUAAACUAACAUCACAUUUGCUGGGAAAUAAAACACAUAUGGUUGGUGUAUGACUUUACCAUGUUAUAAUACAGCAAAAAGAGGUAAUAAUUAGCAUUUAAGACACUGGGGCCCCUGAACACUGUAUGAUAAAUGGCGUAAAUGAUAAAUCUAAAACAAAAUCUGCUCAAUUUAUGCCUACCUUUCCCUUCUAUAUUAAUCUACUUAAUGUUUUAGAUUAAAGUGCUUGUCUGCUCUAUGAAAAAGGUGCUGUGACGGUGUUAAACUGCUGUAUAAAUGUGACAUGGCUUAUGAAGACUGGUACAUGAAUGCUGGUAACGCUGCUGUGUGAUAAUAGUCCAAUGAGAUCUGGUAUGAACACAAGCCCACUCAGGCUAUAAUAGAGAACUGGCUAAACUGCAAGUGGAGCAUUUGCCAUCAGGGAGAAUGUAGUUACUUAGCAGUGUGAUGUUAAAGGCCAACAAGCGAGCGUGGCUGUCAGAGCGGAGUCAUGUCUGACACCAGGGGAGCCAAUCUGGCAGUUUGAGACACAGGGAACCUCACAUAGUCUGAUCCGCCCAGGGCUGCUGUUCACUCAAGAGAACACUGCUGGACAGUCAGAUCGCCGGACUCCUGUUACUGCCUAAGCAAGGAAAUUAAAGAGUAAAAUUACUUUAUUAAACACCACCAAAAAAAAGUCACAUCAAAGUUGUUGUCUGCAUGCAACAAAUAACACUGCAGAUGACACUGAGCUUUGCAACAGUUUGGCCAGGUUGUUUUUCUCGGUUGCUUACAAUGCAAUUCUCCAAAUAGGCCCGGCUUCAGUCCUUCCAGCAGUGAUUGUGCUCUAAUUAGGCCCUCAUGCACAGCUGUUGCAGACUGAUAGCAUUCUUUGUCUCCCUGUUGUCAGGAUGGCUGAUCUGUUGUCUAUUCUUUUCAUUAUGCAAACAGGGAGUAUGUAGCAGACACAUUUAGUCUGGAAAUAAUGAAGACUCUGCAUGCAGUUUGUUGACGAGCUUUUGUUGCUGCAUCUAUUUUUUCUACAGUAUGCUGCGUAGAAAAGAGCUGGUCCAACAAGUUCAAGAAUUGACCUUUUGUUGCAAGAAGCCUUUAUGAUUUCUCAUUGUUUCAUCAAGCAGUGCAGGAAAGUUUUUAUGUCAGGGGUUUUAUUAGAUCUGUGCUAAACAUCAGUGUCAUAUAAACAGUGCUGUUUUAUGACAGAGACAAAUGUUAAUUUAUAAUUUCAAAAAAUGAAUAAAAAAACAUUAUGAGACUGAAAGACAAACUAGGAUGAGCAUUUUUCUGUCUGUGUAGUUUUAGCCGAGUCCCCCCUCUCAGCAGUGGUUACAGCUGACUGAGGAAUGAGCACGCUUUGAUGUCCUCGGUAGCCUCUGUUGUCUGAUCUCAUCUCCCUCCAUCCAGUUUCCUCUCUGUUUUACGUGAGAAUAAAGACAUUUUCAUGAUUGGAAAAAUACAGUUUACACAAAAGUAGAGACAGAGGCUCUGCUGUGACGUAUUAUAAACCAAAGUCACUAUAUUUAUCCUGUUAUAGGCUUGUUUUUCUCAGGCUUCAGUUAAUAGGAUGGUGUAGUUUUAUGUGCUGAAAUGAAAUAAUUUUAAGGAAUAGUUUUACCUUUUAAGCCCUACAUGUUAUUAUACAUACAGAUCCAAAUGUGAAAAGUUUACAGAGGAUAAACAGCCAGAAUUAAAUCUGUAUGAAAAACAUGAUGCUAUCGCUGCAGAGUGGUUAGCUUAACUUUAUAAAGAGCCUUGAUAUGGGUAAUCAGCCAGCCUAGCUCUGGAAAGAAUUAAAACAUGUACCUAAUAGCAUCUUGAAAACGUACUAACACUGUAAAGCUCACUAUAGCCUGGGCUGUUUUGUUGUAAGGCACAUUGGCUUUUCACUGUGAUAUAUCACUGUGAUAUAGCCAUGCAGCUAGCUAAGACUUCUGGUAGCCACCGCAAAAAGGCAAGAAAAAUUCCCCUAUAACCCAUAAACAUAUCCUUAUGAUAUGCCUGACUUAAAGUGAGGAUUAUAUGAGCAAGAUGAAAAAGUUGAUUUAAUUUUUUUGCCUACCUUUUCCAGAUUUUUUAUCUCUAGGCUACUCUAAUCAGAUGCCAGCAGGGGCAACAUUUCCUGAAUAGUCGCAGGAAUUUUCUGUUUUCCGUCAUGCUCAAAGAUGCAUCCAAGAGUAUCCCCCACAGUUCUUUUUCAAACUUUUGGCUGUUUUUGAGUUGGGUGGUCACUACAACUACACUUUAUCUUUUUUUUUUUGCCAUAUUUUCAACAACAAAAAAAUAAGAAUUUUUUUUAAUGGGAUCUAAUUCUCACAGCUGUAGUCUAUUUUUUUACAUUCUUCUACAUUUUUAUCUCAAAAUUAUGCUUGUUGUAGAUUCUUAAGGAAAAAAACUUGAAAUUUCACCUCUUGAGAAAUAUUGUACAAAUAACAAAUAAGGGUACAGAUAUUCAGAUCACGGUUUUCCCAUUAGGUGAUUUGUAGGUCUAAGUUUCAUUCUUGUCAAUCAGCACAACUUCCUUGUUGUCGCAGCAGUACAGUAAAACAAACAUGGCUAUCAACAAGCUUCAAAUGAAGGUGUUUUCAAAUUAUGCAGAGUCAUCAAAAUAAAUAAGAUAAUCAUGCAAAAGAGGAAGGACAAGCGAUCACAUCCUGAUGAGCGAUAGAGGUGUUACUCCUGUUUUAGCAGCAAAAAGGGAAUAUAUGAACAGGAUUUGAUCAAAGCUGGAGCUUCAUGACUAAUUGUUAUAUUGAACCAUCUCAAUGCAAACAGUUGCAGCCAGCUGGCACUCGCGUUGCCCACCUGGAGAAGUGACGGAGUGGAAUUAAAUGAGCCAGUAUGACCUGCUUUUCAUCACUUUCCCCACAGUCAAGUACUACCCUGAGAAUAAAGACAGGCUUAUUACUGACUUUUUGAUCAAAUCUGUCCCUGAACAAUGCUUUGUCUAAACAGAAACACUUUGAUUUAAUAGUGAUCAGUCUCAGUUUAAAACCCACCAUGUCUUAGGAAAAGGAUUAUGAUUGAUUCACUAAUACACAUGUAAAUCUGGAAAAACAGGAGUUCCUUGCCACUGUUUUACUAAAACCUUGUCUUUUUGUGAUAAUCCACAAAUUCAGAUUUUCUUUUUUAUAGAAUAAGUUCAUCAUUGAAAUGUAAUCAUACAAACCAACAGCUGUAACCCAGGACUAAUUAGGUUUGAGUGUAAUUGGCUGAUUGCUACGAUAUAAUGUGCCAUAAAUAAACAGCAGCUCUUGGGUAAUUAAAUGUUGGAUUUUUUUUCUUUCCAACCAAUAAUCACCAUCAUCAUGCACAUGAGAGAGACGGCGCCUCACAAUGACACGACAACCAUCUGUGACUGACUUAGGACUAAAGAAACUGUCCACAGGAAGUAGUUGUGAGUCACUAUGGUUGUGCAUAUAUAGCAGAGACACAAUGGUACUUGAGAAAGACUCUUGCAGGCUUGAUAAACUGGUUGCCAUGCAACAGUCUUUGUCUGCCAGGUAGACUCGUCCAGCUUGUUAUUACGAUACCACAGGUCAAGCACAGAAGGCAAAUCAUGGCAUCCUCAGGCUGCAUGUUACCAUAGCGGUAGUUUCCUGGCAUUGAUUAGAGUCUUAAUGAUGAUGAUCUUGAACAAACAUUUACACCGAAGCACUAACUCUCAGAAAGUAUGAUAUUGAUUUAUCCUGGUUUCUUUUGUUGUGUUAUGGGGUGGCGACCGUCAGAGUUAUUUGAUUUGAGGUCAACCGGAACAAACGCACACAGUGACUUUUGAAGACUGCAGACUUCAUCUCACACGCUGACACGCUUCUGUCACAGCAGCUGGGUCAUCAUUUGGUGUUUUCUCUCAUAUGAAAAAAACAAACUCUCUGCUCCUCUUCUGUUUGGUUUGCUUUACCUUGUGAGUUACUGCAUAUCUCAGCGUAUUUACGAGUUUAGCUUUGAGAGAAAAAAUCAUUUACUCUAAUUGGCGCUAAACAUCUGAAAUGCCUUGACAACCCAAUUACACACACCAGGGGGUCUUUCGUUCAAGUCCUGCAGAUAAAUUAGGUUCCCUUCAACAGUUUUGUCUGAUGCAACUUCCAGAGUUCAGCUGUAAGGGGUCUUACAAGUUGCCCAGUCUUAAAUCCUUCAUCCCAGUUGCUGACGGUUAUGAGCUGGUAUAUAUAUCCUGUAUAUAUGCUCAUCUCCCCACUCAGCAAAGCUUUGAUCACUCCAGUGUCAGCUAAGGCAGUUCUCGGCCUCUAAGCUCAGGCCUCAUGAUCACUCACCCCUCCCUUGUGAAGUUACUUUAAGUUAUGUGCGGAGUUAUAUAAAGCAGAGAGUAUGUUUGAGACCUCACCAGUGAGGGGUCAGCAAAGUCCUGUUUUCAGUAAUUCAUUCUGUGUGGCAGAUAAAGGGACAUAACUGAACAUCACACACCUUUGACAUGCCUUAUAACAGGCCGGGUGAUGUGCCAGAAAGUGCUGCUACCUAAAAGUAAAUUGAGUGUACAAGAUAAGUUAUAUUAACUACAUUUUAGUGUGAUGCAGCUGGUUAAAUCUCGGAAUAGUUUUAGCAGUUUGAAGCACUGUGCUCUGUUUUUUUCUUUUAUAUUUACUGACUGUAUUCCUAAUUGCAGUUUACAACAGCAUGGCUUUGAGAAUAUGCGGAAAUGAGAAGAUAAUGAUGUUAAACAAACACGCUGCACAGCUAAGGGCUACUGUUUUUCACACUGACAGUUUCGAGGCAGGGGUCCUCCACACUUAGCCUCCAGCAAACUUAACACCAACACUGUUUCAUGGCUCUUUACUUCCAUUUUAUUUUAAAAACACAGAAUUAAAAUUAUAAAGGAAUUAAAGCUCUGUUGCCUCGUCUCAUCUUCAUCUGCAUAUUCACAAACUGUCUUUAUUUGUGUCUUCCAGGUGGAGGUUCACUUUCUAUCUGUACAUAUUUACCUAUGGAGUUCGCUUUCUCAAAAAGGUAAGUUUUUGUGAACCAUGAACAUUCAGACAUCCGCCUCAUGUAAGAGCUUCUAGUAUGAACAUAAGUCUGUAUGAGUCAUUGAGGUCAGAGUCUAUUUUCCACCACAUGUCUAGCAUGGAAAUCCUGUGGCUUUCUGAAUAUGUUGGUGCCGAGUCAUGAGACGGGGUGAGUCAAAUGGAUGUUUUGGUGCAGGGGACCAAUUUUAUAAAGGAGGAUUGUUGGAGUGCACAGAACAAAAUGUUUUCAUUAAUAAUGGAUCUUACAAGGAGCUUUAAAGGGAAGGGGGAGCAACUGACAAAUAAAAACACUCCCAAUACUAAAUAACACUUUCAUUUAAGUAUGCAUUAGUAAAGAAAGGAGGAGAUGCUCAGCAGUGAGAAAAGGGGCACCAGCUGGUUUUUUAUAAAGGCAUUUUCUGCCGUGGAGGAAAGCCUGGACGGCAUGAUUUACCCUCUCCAAGAGAGCCUCAGAAAGCACUUAGUCAUGCUACUCAAAUCAUAUCAUAUUUAAUAUUUUUCAUCCUCAUGAAUGAAGUUUUGUGACUCAUAGUUCAGAAUUAUUUCAGUGUUAACUCUCAUUUUUUUUCUGAAAUCAUUAGAGGAAUGGUUCAGUAGUGGGGUUGUAUAAGGCACUUGUCAGUGUAAGUGUAUUUCCCACAGGUCGCAGCCCUGUUGUUGAGCACCUGGCUGAUGAGCUGAUACUAACAGCUACUGACAGGAUCAUCUGUGUUAUGAAAUUAAGAUAGUUUGAUGAAAGUCUGGCCCAAACAUGGAAGUUGGUGCUGCCAUAUUUAGACUUUCUCAACACUUUUCAGCUCUAUUUUCAGACACAACACACGUGUUGGUGUCAGACGGUGUUCCUCAUACAGCCCCUCAUAAUAACACACCUUUAAUCUUUUCAGUGUUGGAUACACUGGAUUUUUUGUGACAUUGAUUCUAGAAAUUUUGGCAAAAUAGAGUUAGCAUGCUGUGAAGAUGGCUCAUGAUGGGCAUAUACUGUGUGUUCAUAAAAUAAAAUUAUAGCACAUGGUUUUUGUUGCUACAACACCAACUUCUUAAAUGAUCCAUUCAUUUUAACUCGAAUCUGAAAAAGCAUGCUAGUUAUCAUGAAGAAGUUUUCAUUAAAAAAAAAACUCAGGGCGUAUAAGUGGGCGCAUUCAGAGCAUUUCAGUUUUUCCAGUAAAACUUGCUCUCUUUUAAGAAAGUUUGAAAUACCAACAGCUGUCAGGAUCUUUGCAAACUUCAAUAAGCAGCACUAGUGAGUGUUUAGAAAAUAAUCACUUUGUCCAUCCCUGAAAAGAAGUAUGUGAUCAUAGUUGAUGAGCAGAUUUUAUGUAUUCAUUAGAAAGAAGAGAUUAUUUGUAUAAACAACAGAGCAGUGGUUGUGCUAGCAAAGUAGGAAAAAUCUCCCAAGUUGCAUGACAAAGCACUUUGUGAAAAUAGUUCAUUCCUUGGCACUCCUGGCUGCAGGCUUCAGUCUCAGUGGGAUUUAUUAAUAGAGCAGCAGGUCUGGAGAGGAGUGCGGGAGACUUAAACUCAGUUACAGUGAUGGGUCACUGGUUUGCUCAUAACACAUUCUUAUGUAUCACAGCUACCCUUUCAUUUGCCUGGCUGAUGCCGUGAUGUGAUUACUCAUAUGAGGAUGAAACCCCUCUGGUUCAUUUUUAUAUGAAAGUACGCGCCCUAACAGCUCUUAUAACAUCCCCCAGUAUUUUAGAAACCACUCUGGUUUUACUCUGAAUCCAUUAGGCAGAUAUUCAUUGUAGAGAGGUUUUAUUGAUAUUCAUGCCUCAGAUCUUAAAUGACAAGGAAAGGUUGAAAUGAACUCCAGCUGUAUGUGUGGGAACGGCCUAACAUGGCAUCAAUUUUGCAGUUAAUGGCGUCUGCACUUUCUUGAAUUUAUGGAAAGAGUUUAAGCCCAUUAGUGUAAAUAUCUCAUCUUCAUUGAAUUUUGAUAAGAUACGAUAUACACUCACCGGCCACUUUAUUAGGUACACCAUGCUAGUAACGGGUUGGACCCCCUUUUGCCUUCAGAACUGCCUCAAUUCUUCGUGGCAUAGAUUCAACAAGGUGCUGGAAGCAUUCCUCAGAGAGCUUGGUCCAUAUUGACAUGAUGGCAUCACACAGUUGCCGCAGAUUUGUCGGCUGCACAUCCAUGAUGCGAAUCUCCCGUUCCACCACAUCCCAAAGAUGCUCUAUUGGAUUGAGAUCUGGUGACUGUGGAGGCCAUUUGAGUACAGUGAACUCAUUGUCAUGUUCAAGAAACCAGUCUGAGAUGAUUCCAGCUUUAUGACAUGGCGCAUUAUCCUGCUGAAAGUAGCCAUCAGAAGUUGGGUACAUUGUGGUCAUAAAGGGAUGGACAUGGUCAGCAACAAAACUCAGGUAGGCUGUGGCGUUGCAAUGAUGCUCAAUUGGUACCAAGGGGCCCAAAGAGUGCCAAGAAAAUAUUCCCCACACCAUGACACCACCACCACCAGCCUGAACCGUUGAUACAAGGCAGGAUGGAUCCAUGCUUUCAUGUUGUUGACGCCAAAUUCUGACCCUACCAUCCGAAUGUCGCAGCAGAAAUCGAGACUCAUCAGACCAGGCAACGUUUUUCCAAUCUUCUAUUGUCCAAUUUCGAUGAGCUUGUGCAAAUUGUAGCCUCAGUUUCCUGUUCUUAGCUGAAAGGAGUGGCACCCGGCGUGGUCUUCUGCUGCUGUAGCUCAUCUGCCUCAAAGUUCGACGUACUGUGCGUUCAGAGAUGCUCUUCUGCCUACCUUGGUUGUAAAGGGUGGUUAUUUGAGUCACUGUUGCCUUUCUAUCAGCUCGAACCAGUCUGGCCAUUCUCCUCUGACCUCUGGCAUCAACAAGGCAUUUCCGCCCACAGAACUGCCGCUCACUGGAUAUUUUUUCUUUUUCGGACCAUUCUCUGUAAACCCUAGAGAUGGUUGUGCGUGAAAAUCCCAGUAGAUCAGCAGUUUCUGAAAUACUCAGACCAGCCCUUCUGGCACCAACAACCAUGCCACGUUCAAAGUCACUCAAAUCACCUUUCUUCCCCAUACUGAUGCUCGGUUUGAACUGCAGGAGAUUGUCUUGACCAUGUCUACAUGCCUAAAUGCACUAAGUUGCCGCCAUGUGAUUGGCUGAUUAGAAAUUAAGUGUUAACGAGCAGUUGGACAGGUGUACCUAAUAAAGUGGCCGGUGAGUGUAUAUGAUACUUUUUCAGAGGAGGAGCAGUAAAAAGACUCAUUUCAAGCAUGAUUCUUCACAGUAUACUCUUAAAAGCAAUAUUUCAACCCCAGUUUCUCGCUCAGAGGGUAAAAGAGAUUUAUUUUAUCUUGUGUCUCUAUAAUCUUUUGUUUUAUUAACUCUACUCUGUUAUUUCAUGCAGACCCCAUGGCUUUGGAACACUAAAGAGUGCUGGUACAACUACCCCUACCAGGUAAAAUUACAUCCACCUAAUAACUAAUAAUACCAAAACUCACACCUCCGAUUAACUCAUUUCAACAUUAUUGCUAUUUAUGUUCAUGCAGCCGCUGACCGUGGACAUCCAUUAUUACUACAUCCUGGAGCUGUCUUUCUACCUGUCCCUGCUUUUUUCCCAGUUCACAGACAUCAGAAGGAAGGUAAGAAUGACUGCAAGACACAUGGCAUGCAUCUAAAGUGAGAUAAAUGAUUGCUUAUCUAUAAAACUGGCACCUGGCAUAUUCAGUUUUUUUGUGUAAUAAAACCAGCACAUUUGGAUCCGUUUGAGUCAUUUUUAAACUCAUUGUCAUAGAAUUGUUUAUGGUAGCUGCUAUAUAUCCAUUUGUUUUCACCAUGAUUCUGUUAUAUAAGUUUCAGAAUAUUUGCUUUCCGCCUCACAAAUGUGUAAAAGCACAAAUGACCUCAAAGCUGAAAAAAGUUACCAAAACUUUUUUGAGGUCUCCUGCAACUGCUUUUUUUUGCUGCUUUUUUUUCUUAUCUGCAUUUGAGUGAUAAAGUCAGCAAAUAUUUCCCUUUUAUUUCCUGUUACACCAUGCUAUCAGAUAAGGCUUCAUUUUUUGAUGCACAUUUCAAACAGUAAUUUUUGCUGGUGGGGACAGCAUCAGAGCUAGAUUUGAUUUACAAAAAAAUACUUCAUAUAUAACACUCAAGGUUUUAAAUACUUAAUAAAAAGUAUUGAAAUGCCCUUUAGGUGAAGUUCAGUGGUUGUUGUGUGUACAACAGAGUUCACUGAUGAGUUUGUACAAACACUUCUUCUGAGCCAGCCAACCCUCAACCCACUGUCUUUUACUUUUCAUCAUGAUGGUUCCUCUUUUUUAUCCAUUUGCAUGCCUUCCAGCCAUGAUCUCACUUCAGUCCAUCUCCAGCUCUCCCCUCCCCACCACACACUGCAGUCAAAGCAGCCUCCCAUGAUGCCAUGCUGUGUAUGCCUUCACUCUGUCAUCUCUUUGUUGACUAUUGGCAUGUUGUCUGUUUUUUGUUUCUCCUUUCAGUUUUUUCAUGCACAGCACUUCACUGAGGAGGCCCUCUGCAUCCCCUGCCAAUUCCAGUAUGUUCUCCCUGCACACUCUUUGCCUUGCUUUCAUUCUGUAUCUUGCAUCAUUAUGCCAUUCCUCUUCAUCCUCCUCUUCAUUCUGUCACCACUUUGGACUGGGUCUGGGUGCUUUGAGCUUAAACAUGAGGCCAUAACACAGUCGUAACAUCCCAAACACCAACUCAAUCAAUCAAAAAUUUUUCAAAUCAGGACAUUAACACCCAAAAAACUAACAUUUCUAUUCUAGAUGUCAUGAGGAUUAAAGCUCCUGUAAGGAGUUUUUUAGCAGGUUGUGAAUUAAUGUCCUUAUACACUGGGAACGAUGCGAAUAUAGAGCGCGAAAUUACGAAAUAUUCAGAGGCGAAUUUUGACGCGCCUGACUAUACACAUCAAGCCUGAUGCGAUUUUGCGACUUUCCGGGGGGGAAAACGACACAUCCUGGGUGGAAGCGAGAAGACUGACACAACAGCAGACUGACUAUUUUUCAGUUCUGAUUAGACACUAGUGUUGAGAUGGCUGUCUGUCAUGAUAGCAUGUACUGAGUCGGGGCCAAUACCAGAUAAGCACAUUAAACUAUAAUCCAUAAACGUAAGGUAACAAGCGAGACCUAAUGGUGCUGUGACAGCAACGCGAUUGAGUUUGAGACAGUGAAAAUACUUGUGGUAUGUUGUAUCUGAACAGGUUAGCUUACGAGCUCAAGUUACUUGGCACAGAUGAAAGUAAAAACAAAGACGUUUAGCAAACUGUUAAAGCACACAAACCAUCGUCAUAUGAGAAAUCCAACACUACGACUCUCCACAAGUUGUCCUUCAGGUCAUUAUUUUUAUAAUGUUUGUGUCUUUUAUCAAAAAGCACUCCGUUCUCCGACACGUAAACAAUCAGCCGGUCAGCCAUGUUGGAUAUACCGGUGAAUCUGACGUCGCAACAACACGAAAUCUGAUUAGUCAGAAGUGGACACACAGUAUGCGAAACUUUAGAAAAAUCGACCAUGAACGCUUGUAUUGACAGGAUACGGGUUUGAAAAAAAAUAUUGACCCCAGAAAUAAUCGCACGACAAAAACGGUCCCAGUGUGAAAGGACCUUUAGACUGAAACUGAAGUGAAAGAAUUAAAAUGCUCCGCUUUGACUGCUUUGUAUUUUUUAUUCUUGCUGCUGUUUUUUUUUUUAUUAUUAUUUUCCCCGCAUUUAUGUGAUUUAUGCAUAACGAUCCUCCUUCAUUUAAAAGUUUAAGACAAUACCAGACACCAGCACAAGCAGUUACAAUAUAUUUUAACCACACAGUUCUCACAGCACUCAGUGUUCAUGACUCGGACACUGAGGGCGUACUCGAUCUGUUUGUUUGUGUAGCGCAUGGUUAGUCAUUGUCUUGUCACAACUUUUUUAUAUCUUGCCAAUAGCCGCGCAAAUCACAGUGGCACAUGACAAAUGUGGCUCACUAAAACAGAGGUUUAGUUUUGAAAGACGCAUGCAAUCAUGACGUGACUGUAACUCAGGCAUUUUGAGGUCAAGAAAAUCCAAACAUGCAGUGCUUUUUGUGCCUGUUUUGGAAAGGAGAACUGUUUUUGGGAGAGUGUUAAGUUUUUAAAGGUUUAAAAAAAUUGAGAAACUGCACAAAAAGAUCACAGCAAGUAUGUUCCUCUUACUUUAUCACAUAUCUGUACUGCACUAUGUGCUCUGGGUAUGAGCUGCAUUCAUUCAAAUAGCCUCAAGGCAGUUUUGGUUAGUUGUUUCAUGUUUCCUUGGCAACUGUCUCCCCAGGAUUUCCUGCUCAUGUUCCUGCACCAUGUGGCAACAAUCUCUCUCAUCACCUUUUCCUAUGUGAACAACAUGGCACGAGUGGGGACCCUGGUCAUGUGUCUCCACGAUGCAGCCGAUGUGCUGAUAGAGGUGAGAGAAUUAAAGGCUGGGCAUGGACAGAUGGGUGGCUGGAGGCAGAGUUGGUAGGAUGUGUGGGUGUAGUGUUUGAAGUUAACAUCUUAAGCUUCAGUAUACAUUAUUAUUCAGAUUAAACUGCGGUAUUAUAUUAUUGUGUGGGACUGAAUUUCAGAGGGACAAUGCAUGCUAAACUCAUCCCUAGGGGCUAUAAUACAAAACAGUUAGAGUCAGAGAUAUUUCAGCAUUUGUUUAUAUGAUGAAUAAAUUGUUUUUCUUCUUUUCUUCCAAGGCUGCCAAGAUGGCCAACUAUGCCAAAUGUCAGAUACUCUGCAACCUCCUGUUUGCAAUGUUUGCAAUUCUCUUCAUAAGUUCCAGGCUGGGAGUUUACCCUGUCUGGUAGGUCUUGUAUUCUGUGCUCCUCAUUACAGCAGUGUUAGCUGAAUGUUUGCAUUCAGUACAGUGUAAAAAAAACAUCGCUGGAGAGGCCAGAACAGCUGUGCACAUUUCAACAUACCAUCCCUGAAAAUACGUCAGUGUCACGAGGAUCUCAGAGCUUUUUUUUCUUCUUGCCUAGUUUUCAGUUCAGCAACAUCUCUGAAUUUUGUUGCUAAGGAAUAGUUACUAUGGAUACAGCAGCUUUUACCUCUCAAAGAAAGCCAAACAAAUGAGAAGCUGAUCAUUAUUUCUUUCACUUAAUCAUUCAACGAGUUUCAGCUGAUUGUGAAACCUUAAUGGGCUUUCUGCUCAUAAGCAUCUUUUUAUCAUAUUUGUGUUGUUCCUUUUUGUUGUUUUGAUUAAUGCUGCAUUUAUUCAGCAUCUCAAUUUUCACAGAGAAAAAAAAGCAUUAUUCAAAUGAAAUCCUUGCUGCUUUGUUUUACAAGCACAUUUAAAAUUCAAAUUACAGUGGAUAGUUAAUGCCAAUUAUAACCGGCUGUUCUGAUGAUAUUUGCAGUAACCACAAAUCAAUUUUGGACUCCAGACGUGUGCACAGCACUCAUCUUGCAGUCAUCAGCAGUGCUGUUAUCACACCUUUUCCCAGUGAAGGGAGACAUGAUUUAGUUUUCAAGUCAGGUAUCUGCAGUUUUCUGCACUUCUGUUAGAUACUGUCCUUUCUAUAUUAGCUCCAAGAUGCUAUUUUAGGAACCUAGAGUCAAGUAUAACGCUGUUAGUCUCACCAGUGCUGCUCUGAAACAAGCGUUUUUUAAAUACAAGAGGAUCUUUGCUUUGUCUGUGCAACAUUUACAGACCAUCAGCUUUUUCUCCACACUGUAAUACAGUAAGCCUACAUUUCAUUUUAGUCAUCCCCCACCAUCCACACUGUAAAGUUGUCAUUACUGUAAAGCUGUUGCCAUGGCUUCAGUAUCUGGAGGAUGAUUCACAGACAGACAUUUGCAAGAAUUGGCUCAGGGAUAAAUUUAACACUGAUCCUUGAAAUUUUGUUUGCAUGACAUGUUAAGCUUUGCACUGCUUUUUUUUCCAUCCUCAUCAACAGUUCCUUUUAAUCAUACUAAGACUUAUAUCCUCACAUAACUGAACCAUAAACAAGCCCCCUGUUUGUGCUGCAAACAUAUCUUCAAAAGACAAAGUGCUGGACCUGAGCUAACCUGGGAUCUGCUCUCUAUCCUCCGUCAUGCUUUGUUGCACCGCUACUUCUCACCACAUUUGUAACUCCGCUCACAAACACAGGUGUUUUCAAUGUGUUUUUGUACUGAAACACAUCAAGCUGAUUAUCUCCCUCCUCUUUUGUUGCUGUUCUAGGAUUUUGAAUACAACCUUAUUUGAGAGUUGGGAGAUUGUCGGGCCCUAUCCUUCCUGGUGGGUCUUCAACCUGCUUCUGAUCCUGCUGCAGCUCCUUCACUCCUUCUGGUCUUACCUGAUAGUGAGAACAGCAUGCCGAGCCAUCUCCAAAGGAAAAGUGAGUCACUGCACACUGCUUCCCUGUCUGCAAAAUCCUGCCUGUUAUAGCUCUGCUUGCAUAAUGAUGUGUUUUGUUGCUGGUACAUGCAUAAAUGCUGUGUAAUGUUUUCUAAAGCCAGACUUUGACUUUCCCUGUGUUUUCUCUUUUCUUACCUGCAACCUCCAAGGUGGGAAAAUGGAAUCCCUUACAUGUAAGUAGCCUCAAACUAUCAUGAAUUCAUUCCUAACUAGAAAAGCACUCGGAGAGCACAGACCUCCGCCAAGCAGCUCAUGUCCCCCCUUAUAUUGUGAUUCACACCAAAACUUUUAGUGUUACGUGUCUUUUAUUAACUUUUAUUUGUGUUUAAACUAGUGUGUUCACUGUUCAUAAUGUUCCUAAAACAAGAAAUGCCCUGACCCGAAUUCGAACCCAGGACCUUCUGGCUGUGAGGCGACAGUGCUAACCACUACACCACUGUGCCACCCAUUGGUUAUCUUUCAGCAUUGAAAAUUCCAACGGCACCCUUAUUUUUGUGUGUUCUGGAUCACAGUAUCCGGAAUUUUGUCUGGAUCAGGAUCAACCUUUGACACCUCAUAAAACUCAUUGAGAUCCUUUUGUGUAAUUUUUUACUAAUAAUUCUCCAUUUUUAUGGAGUUAAAUGCAAAAAAUUCCAAAAUUCACAAAUCUCACAAUGAUAAAGAAUCCUUCAAAAAAUUCCUGGAUCCAGAAGGCAAUCCAGAUCACCACCAAAAUUUAGUGGGAUCCUCCUGGGGCUGAGACGCACCUCUGACAUUUUAAGAUAAGAUGGGAGCAUGUCUAUAAGCAGGUACAGCUGCAGCUAAAUCUGCUGUGUGAUUCCCUCCUGAUUUCCACAGAGCCUCUAUACAAGGUUUACACUUGUGCUCUGAUUUAAAGCUCCUGUGAGGAGUUUUUAGCUGGUUAUAAAACAGGCCGCAGUUUUAUAGUGAUGCCUCUUUAUGACCUCCAAAAGCAAACAAGACUAUGAACACUGAGAUCGACUAUUCUCAUACAAGUAUUUUUAAUGUCUGACACUGCUGCAGCAGGGUUGGUGUCAGACGAAGAAAUAGACCGCAGGGUGCAAAAACACCCUCUUUGGUUUAUAUUUUUAACAGUUUUUUAUGACUGGUUAGUUUGACUUUUGAAAGAAAGCAGUCAAACUGUAUUUAAACACGUGCAAAAUUGAAAAAAAGAGAUAAGUAAUUGCUUUUCCACAUAUCAACACAAAUUAAAACUUCCUUGGUCUGGUCUGCUUGUUAUGACAUUCCUUUUAGCUUUAGCUUUACUCAUAUUUUUGUCCAAAUGUUAGCCAAAUGUAAAAGUCUUGUCAUUUCAGAUCAAUCUAAAACUUUGCUUGUUGAAUUAUAUGGUUCAGUUCUUUUCAGGAACAGCACAGAUUCAGAGUCUUUAGCCAAAAGCUUAUUUUGUUUGUGUUAUUCUCAUGCAGGUUGACUUAUUGACACAUGGACAAUGUUUUUAAUCAAAUACUAACAUGCCAGCAAUUGACGCUUCUUGUUAAGAAUAAAGAGGAUUCACGUGGUCAAGAUUCUCAAAUCUGGGGAUUUGUGGAUUAAAUACUUGAUUUCAUUAAUAGUUUAAGACUGUUAGGACAAAACAAGGUCAGACUCUUGGAAAAAUGCCCGAGCACAUCUUUUUUUUUCCUGAAGGCCUUGAUGGUUAAGCUGUCAGUGAAAAAUAAUUGCAUGAAUUAUUAGUAGUCAAAAUAAUCAUGAGCUGAAGGUAAAAUAAUCCCAUUUUUGAGUGAUCCCCAUCUUUCAUGUUUGCGAAUACAUUUUACAGCUUUUACAGCGUGUUGCCUCAUAUUGAUCCAGCAGAGCACCUCCUGGUUGGACUUGCAGGAGCCCAUUUGUACCACCGCCACGCAUGGCUGCCGCAGAUAAUGACACAGAUAAGAAUAUUAAUGAGAAAAAUUUCAUCUCCACUCAUCCCUCUUACUUCUGCAGGUGUCUAAGGACGAUCGCAGCGACAUAGAGUCAAGCUCCGAUGAGGAUGACAGCCCCCCACCCAAUCAGAAACAUCACAACAGCACCACCAACGGGACCAACAAAAACCACGGGACCAACGGCUACCUGACAGGAGCACUGUACCCCGACGAACACUGACUGAGCUGAUAUCACAACACUGGAGCCAUGCUAAAGACACCAUCCAUCAUUCUGUAUGUGUGUGUGUGUGUGUGUGUGUGUGUGUGUGUGUGUGUGUGUGUGUGUGUGUGUGUGUAUGCUUGUGUGUGUGUGUGUUUGACAUGAACAACACCGCCUGUCUGGUACUGGAAGUUCUUGAUAAAUUUGUGUGAAUGCAGUUUUGUUAUCAGUUUUAUUCUCUACUGAUUUCCUUGCGCAAUUUAUUCUCUUCAUCUAUAUUAUAUUUGCAUCAAGCUGCACUCAGUGAAAUAUCAGAGCACUCCUAUUGGUACCGUUCACUCUGUUUUACCCAACGAAUGACAGCAUUUCAUCUUACGGUGUAAGCAUGCUACUCUAACAUACAGUAGUCUGGCAAACUGGGGGUGACUUUUAUUUCUUAUGUUUGUGUCUCUUUGUGUUAUUUAUUUUUUAUGUGUUCGCUAAGGCUAGUGGGACAUCUGCUCUAUUUUGAUGUCAGGGUUAAAGGUUAAAUCAUCUCCAUCACACACAAUACAGCUGUUUUUUUUUACACACCAUAACAAUGAGUAUUAGCAGGAUGCUAAAGACCUGGGUUUACGAUUAAUGCUACACCCCCAAAGAAAUGCCAAAAUGUGCAAAGUUUACUCACAUUUCUGAAUACAUCCUCCACUCAAACUGUAUAUGAGAUGUCAAUAACAGUAUUAUGUGUGUGCAUCAGAUAUGGCUACAUGCUGUAUUCCCUAUUAAAGCAUUUUGUUAAGUAUUCUGGUACAUUUCUGGAAGGCAUUUCAUUCAAGUCCAUUUGUCCACUUGUGAGGCGGACAUGAGUUGUUUGAAUUAUUCAAUAAAAAAACAUGAAGAUUGCAAAUA